AUGGGAUCAGAAAUUGGAAUCAAAAUAAGGAAAGUUGUUGUAAUUUCAAUGAGAGGUGCUUUCAGAUCAGCUUGCAACCAUCCAUUCCUUUUGGGGUUUUUCUGUUUCUUGUUUUUGUUGUACAGAUCUUUUCCUUUUCUAUUUUCUGUUUUGGUCUCUGCAUCUCCUGUUUUGGUCUGCACUGCUAUUCUGCUUGGGACCCUUCUCAGUUUUGGGCAGCCAAAUGUGCCAGAAGUUGAAAAGGAAGAGAAAGUUACUCAUGGCAUUUCAUCCUUCCAAGCUGGGUUUUCGGAGGGGCACACUGUUUUUACUAACAGAGAUGAGAGCUACUUUGUAAAGGGGUAUUCAGAAAAUAAUAGUGACGUGGAAGAGAGGGGCAUUGAGGAAGCAAGUUUGGUUAGUGAGAGGAAUAAUAGGGAAGAAGAAGAAGAAGCCAGCUUGCGUUCUGAAUUGCCCCCAGAUGAUGAAAACUCACUGUCUGAAAAGAAAGAAACAGGGGAAGUGGAAGAGGAAAGGGAAUUCCACAGUUUUGAGCUGGGAAAGAAUAGGGUAGUUCAUGAGGAGAACCUGACAUCCGAAGCUGUUUCGAGUGAUGAUGAAGCAAUUGAAAAACAAUAUGUCAUGGUUCAGAAAGUGGAUGAUGAUAUUCUUCAAUUUGAAAGUGAGAAACCUCUGAGAGAUCAUGUGGACUUUCCUGCUAGCUCUUCUUGGAAACAGGUUGAAAAUGAUGAUAAAGAUGAUGACUCAGUGGAGUCAGGUUCUGAUGGGGCUGAGAGCUCUUCACCAGAUGCUUCCAUGGCUGACAUCAUUCCAAUGCUUGAUGAACUCCACCCACUACUAGAUCUAGAUGCUCCACAACCAGCCCGUGUGUCCCGAGAUGGUUCUGAUGCAGCAUCUGAGAAGUCUCUGAAUAGUGAUGAUGACAGCAUCGAAUCAGAUGCUGAUACCGAAAACCCUGGUGAUGUAGAAGAUGAUGAUGGUAUUGAUGAACGUGAUGAUGAAGAGGAAGAAGAAGCUACAGGUGGCAAAGAGGAUGAAAGUAAAUCUGCUAUCAAAUGGACAGAGGAUGACCAAAAGAAUCUCAUGGAUCUGGGAAAUUUAGAGCUGGAAAGGAAUACACGGUUGGAGAAUCUUAUUGCCAGGAGAAGAGCAAGGAGAUUGAUGCCUGAGAAGAAUCUAAUAGACUUAGAUUGUGCUGAUAUUCCCUGUAAUGUUGCUCCUAUUGCUACAAUCAGACGUAACCCGUUUGAUUACCCUGAUGACACCUUUGCUGCCAUGGGAUUACCACCCAUUCCUGGAUCUGCUCCUUCUGUUCUACAGCCUAGACGAAACCCUUUUGAUAUUCCCUACGACUCAAAUGAAGAAAAACCUGAUCUUAAAGGGGACAGUUUCCAACAAGAGUUUACAGUGUUUCAUCAAAAAGAUACCUUUUUCCGGCGGCAUGAAAGUUUCAGCAUGGGACCGUCAGUGUUGGGGUUAUCCAAGCAAGAGAGGUAUGAUUGGAAACCUGUCUUUGUAUCUGAAAGGAUGGCUUCAGAGGGAACAAGCUAUUCUUCAUUCCACAGGCAAUCAAGUGAAGUAAGUGAUUCAAAGUUGAGUUCUGUUCCAGAUACUGAAUCUGUGAGUUCAAUUGAUCAGGAUGACAGGAAAUUCAGUGAGCAAGACUUGUCUCAAGAAACUGAAUUGGUAUCUAACAUAAAUCUUGCUUCGGAAGCUGCUGAACAUGGAAGCCAAACCUCUGAAGAAAAUGAUUCUGUGGAGAUGAUACAAGUUGAGGAGAGCACUGUUUGCCAUGAUGAAGUUGAGAUAGUGCUGGGUGGGGUGGAAAAUCCUUCCGAGAUGGUAUUUUAUCCUGAAACAGGAGAGGUUGAAAUCCAUGAACAAUUUAAUGCAGGAGAAACACAUUUGAGAAGAGAACCAAGUGAUGAGGAGAGAGGCAGCGACAGCAGCAGAUCAAGCCAUUCUUCACUAUCAGAAGUAAUUGACAGCAUACCAGAUGAGAAAAUAGAGAGUUUGCAAGAAGGAGAUGGCCAUGUCUCUGAAUCCAAAAUUUCAACACAAGCUUCUGGGGAGGAAGCAAAAUUCCAGCAUGUUAGAAGUGGUGAGGUGGAAGAUAAUCAUAAUGUAGACCCUGUUUAUGAUUCUAGUCCACUGGCUUCUGAAACACUCCAAUCAUUUUCGUCACUAUCUUCUCAUGAUUCGGCUUUGGAGGUUUCUGAGAUGGGAUUGCCUCCUGCGUCAGUAGAAACUGCUAAUGUGGCAGAUAAGGAGUCUGAUGUGUAUGAUCAUAGACUGGAAGGCAAUACUUCUGAUCAUGGUAAAACUCAAGGAGCCUCUUCUGAACUUCACGUGGAAACCAAAACGGAAUUGAGGUCUGAGAAAUCUGAAGAUGUGAAUAAUUUUUCUGCAUACAAGUUAACUGCAACUAAUGGAUCUGCAGUGGCUGAGCCUCAGGUUAACCCUGUUUCAGUGGAUUCAACUUUGUCUUCAGAUAUGGGAUCAGUUACGGAUGUGAAUAGUUCAGGCUUUGACCAUGGACAGGAUCUAGCCGACCACGUACAUGGUGAUUCUGAAAUUCUUCAUCAAGGCAAUAUAAAUUCUCCACAUUCAGACUAUCAUAUGGCUUCUGAAAAGUCUCAUAUACCAGAUAAUGAAUCUCUGGAGGAAAGUGCGCUGCCCAAUGAACUAUCAAGCUUUUAUAGUACAAAUACAUCUACAUUAGUCCAAGAUGAAGAUGAAAUGUCGGCUUCCAUGGCUACUGGUGCCCACCAUAUUUCUUCUCAAGGUUCAUCUGUGCCUGCCCAACAGGAUUUGCAACUUUCACCGGCAGCACCAGUGGAUCAUCCUAAUCCACCUUCUGAAGAAACUGAACAUACACAGAAAUUUUCAUCAAAUAGCGAUGGCAUAUUUCAAAUUCAGCAGGAUAAAGCCUUGUCAAGUUCAGUGGAGCAAGGUGAAUCCAAUAUCUACCAAGAUUUGGAUAAAAAUAUGGUUGCUUUCACUUCCGACAGUCAACAUGAAAGUCAUGUGAAGCCAACCUCUAACAUGGAGAAUAGUCGGUCAAUCCCCGAUAAAUCAGUGGUUGCACAAUCUUCUAGUGAUCAUGGUGAAAGUCAGAGUUCUGAAACUAUCCAGGUUGAAUCAGCAGAGAGUUUUGGCAGAUCCAAUGAUGAAAUUGGAGAGUUGCAUGAUGCGACUAAUGAAUUUCUUCCAAGCAUUUCUUCCGUGACCUCAGAAAAAUCUGUCAGCCCUGAAUUUGGGUCACCCACCGGUGACGAGGAUUUGGAAGUUGAUAGACAUGGGGCAGAUGAAAAUAGCAGUGAAUUUGAUGAUAUGAAGGAAAUUGAUGAAGUAUUCUUGAAAGAAUUGGACACUGUUGGAGACUUUAGUGUCAAUGAUGCUAGUGUAUCGGUUCAUGCUGACAUUGAACAUGAGAAAAAUAGAGAUGCUCAAGUCUGUUCAGUCCCUAAGGAUGUAAAGAUGGAAGAGCUUGAACAGGACAUCCCAGUUCUUGAAGCAAGAUCACUUGAAGAUAUUAACCUGGCUUUUAAGCAAUUUCAAGAAGGAGUCGAUGUUAAAGAAGUCAUCCUUCCAAGUACUAUUAAGGGUCAGCAUGCUAGUGAUGAAACUAAAGAUAAUCUGGAAGUUAAUUCAGACCUUCAAGUUGUUGAAGCCAGAUCUCUAGAAGAUAUUAAUACUGCUUUAAAGCAAGUCUCUGAAGGUAAUGAAAGGGAGCUACCAAAUUCCUUGGAUUUGAAAGAUACUACAGUCGAAGCUGAAGAAAAUGAGGUUGGCUCAUCCAAGGUGAAUGAAAACGUUGCUGUAGCAACCAGUUCUGAAGAAACGAGCAAGACUGUGGCACAUACACCGGAAAAUGUGGCCAAUAGCAGCUCCAGUGACAAGGCAAAAUCUCACAGCAAGAAAUCUAGUUCCAGUUCCAGUUCCAGCUCAAGCUCCAGCGAUUCUGAUUAA